AUGAAUACCAUUCAGCGCGUCCUUGGUCACGAAAUUGACCCUCAUAAACCUUUAAUCGAAGCGGGCAUUGACAGUCUUUCGAUGACGGAAUUGGGCCAAGCCAUAGAGAUAGAUAUUGGGGUCUCUCUACCCACCACAGUUGCAUUCGACUAUCCCACAGUUUCAGCGAUAGCUAGUUUUGUUAGUGAUAAGAUGGGAUUCAGUACGACUGACACCUCUGCUUGUUGUACAAAUGCUCCGCCUCGUGGCCGAGAAUUCGAAAACACUUACCGCAAGAGCAUCGACCUUGCUGUUGUCAUGGGCAUUGGAUGUCGCUUCGCAGGAAAGGGAAAAAGUGACUCUGACUCCCUAGGCAAAUUUUGGCAACUGAUUUCGUCCGGAGGUGACGCUAUAACCACAGUGCCGCUCGAUAGAUGGGAUGUAGAUACUGACACGACAGCAUUUGGGAUUUGCCGCCGUCGUGACCCAUAUACGGAGCGAUAUAGUCGCCAUGGAUCUUUUGUAUCUGAUAUCGACCAUUUUGACUGUUUAUUUUUUGAUGUAUCAAAUGCAGAAGCCACGGCUAUUGACCCACAACAGCGGAUGAUAUUGAAAGUGGUUGUGGAUGCCAUGUACGGUGCUGGCAUGACAAAGGACUUGUCGAGGGGAAGCAAUACGGCGGUAUACGUAGGA